UCACCUUUAUCGUUUCUGGCUUCAUCAGCGAAAUGGAGCCCAGUUGGCCAUCAGCUUUUCCAACUGACUACUUCGGCCCGGUGCUGGACUACGAUGCCGAUAAGGGACAACUCGCACAUAAGAUCGACAUCGACAAGGAUAUUCCGCUCGAGCAGGGUAGUUAUGGCGCAGUGUAUACUGCAAAGGUGCCGGGGAUCCAAAGUCGGGUGAUUGUCAAGGUGGUCGGGUACGAUGCCAGCAUAGUGGACUAUGAUCAGCAGGUACUUUGGGAGCUGUCCGUUGGCAUGGACCUGUUACACAAGAAUAUAGUGACCUGCUAUGGUGGACUGCAGGCGCCCGGAAUUCCCAUGAUUUUCUACGAGCUGAUGCACGGUAGAAAUUUGUGGCUGCUGCUCUGUGACACAAUGCGACUGCAACAGCCGGGUAUCCCGGAGGUGAGACUGCAGCCGAUCAUCAUGCAGGUCCUGGAGGCUCUGCACUAUCUGCAGACGGCAAAGAUUGUGCACGGUGAUCUGAAGGCAAACAACGUCCUUGUGGGUCGUAGAACCGGGAGAACCAAGUUGUGUGACUUUGGUAUGUCAGAGGACGUGACCAGGAGCAAGUGCAAGAAGCUAGUGCGAAGGCCGUACUGUCAUCCGCCGGAGCUGGCUGUAGCUGACAUGGGUGGCUACGAUCAUAAGCUAGACAUCUUCUUUCUGGGUUCUAUGGUCUAUCGCACUGCCACUGGAGUUGGCCCAUACGGCUUCAUAAACAAUAUGACUUCACAACAAGCAAUCGAAAAAGUGGCCCAGAAACCGUUUCUCAACCAGGAAAGCUACCAGAGACUUUCGCCCUCGUUGCAGAGCUUCAUCAGGUCCCUAUUGAAAUAUUGUCCCACUGACCGUCCCCAUGCAGCAGCCGCGCUGGAACACCCCUGGAUUACCGAGGCGCCGCAGUACGAACCUCCCACACUCUGCACUCACAAAGUGGCGGACACGCGCAAGAUGCUGUAUCCGAAGGCGUAUCCUACGUGCAUGUGCAAACUGGACCAUGCUGUGCUCCGUGACGUUGCAAGCCAAUUGCAUACGAACAGCGCCUGCCUUGGGUACAAGAUUCUUUCCAAGAAGAACUGCUGGUACACGAUUCCAUACAGAGCGAGGAUGCGCAGCAUGAUGUUGCCACUUCCUUCAAAGACCCCCAGACAAUCAACAGUAUCUCAGCUGUCGAGACCCUCUCUACCAAGUCAACCGCCCACUCCCCCGCCCAGACCAGCACAUACAUUAGGAUUUUUACAUUAAAUGACUUCUGUAACUGAGCACGAGGUUUGUGCGGCGUACGUAGACGGACAUGCAGACGGUGUUGGACGAUGGCGUGUGUUCAAGUGACGCGUAGAAGCGCUUUGGUAAGACGAAAACAUAUCAUACAUGAAGUAUGGACGGGUGUUCAUGAAUGCGUGGCGCUUUGGGUCCUGCGACGCCGUGUCAAAGCCCCGUUGUAUUUGUAUUAUCUUCCGCAUCCUCUAUUUCCUAACAUUAUUUCUUACGUUUCUCAAUGCUGCUCUCCA